UCCGCUCCGUCGUCUUUCAUUCAUUAUCUCUACCUCUCAACCCAAUGCUUCACCACUAUCUCUAGUCCCAGCACACCACCACCAUGUCCGUCCCCGACCCCGGCAUUCCUGGCGCCGUCGCACCCUCCCUCGAUCCCACAAAAGGCGCCAUAACCAAAGACUCCAACGGCUCUAUCCACGAUGACACUCUCUCCGACCCACCUCCAAUCGCUCCCGACCAAUUCGAUCCCGCAUACGAAACGUCUCGCUGGGAGAUCUGGUCCUACUACUCCUACUACAUCGGCAACAACGGCCUGACGCUCUUCAACUUCGCGCCCACCGCCGCACAGAAUCUCCUUAAUCAAUAUGCGCAGAAAAUCGGCGGGCCGGACAACACCAUGGUUCCCUUCGCGGGUUCCAACCGCACGAUCAACUCGGUCAUCCUGCUCUGUAACGGCAUCAGCUUCGCGAUCCAGAUCGUCAUCUUCCUCAUCCUCGGGUCCUACGCCGACUUUGGCACAUUCCGGCCGAACAUCCUGAUCGUGCUAUCGUUGGUCGCGUGGGGCAUUGGAUUCGGUUGGUUGGGCGUGCACACGGUCGACGACUGGCAGACUGGAUUGGGACUGUACAUCGUCGGAUUGAUCGCCUACCAGCUAUGCCUGACGUACUGGACCGCAGCCUUCCCAGGUCUGGCUCGGAAUACACGCGAGCUCCGCGAUCGCGCGGAAGAGUUUGAGGCGGGAAAGAUUACACGGAAAGAGUACGAUCACGCGGAUAGUAUGAAGAGGAACGAGUUGAGCAAUGUGGCGUUUUACGUACAAAGUGUAGGAGAGGUGGUCAUCCUGGCGGUGAUUGUUGGGGUCUUGUUUGGCGUGGAUGUCAACCGCAGUGCCGAGAGGAAUAACUAUGGUCUGUCGGUGCUGAUUGCAUUCGCGACGGGAGUGUGGUUGUUGUUGGCGAUUCCGUGGUUCGUGCUGGAGAAGAGACGGCCGGGACAAGAUCCGGGGAUGAAUAUCGUGAUUGCGGGAUUAUGGCAGUUGACGAGGGCGAUGAAGGAGAUAUGGCAGUUGAGACAGUCGCUGUUCUACCUUAUCGGCUACUUCCUUCUCGGCGACUCCCUCAACACGACCGUAACCGUCAUCGCCACCCUCCAAUACGAAAUCGUCAACUACAAUACUCUACAACUCACCUACCUCCUCAUCGUUGGCAUCGUCGCGCAAGCCGUCGGCAUCUUCGCCUUCUGGAACAUCCAGAAACGCUACAACUUGUCGACGAAAACCAUGUUCAACGCCGUGGCGGUGGGCAUCAUCCUGCUGGACGGGUGGGGUAUGAUUGGCAUCUGGACGCAGAGUUUCGGAUUCCAUCACAAGUGGGAGGUUUGGGUGUAUCAGACUUUCUAUGGGCUGUUUGUUUGUCCUUGGUAUAGUUAUAGCCAGACGAUGAUCUCCGAAGUCACUCCCCGCGGCAAAGAGUUCCUCUUCUUCUCGCUGUUUAGCAUUAUCGGGAAGACGAGCUCGUUCAUCGGACCGUUCAUCUCCUCGGCCAUCAUUGACAGGACUGGCAACAAUUCCUCGCCGUUCUACUUCCUGUUCGCGUUGAGUUUGGCGAGCGCGGCGUUUUUGUUCGUCUUUGUGGAUGUGGAGAAGAGUCGGGUUGAGCAGGCGGAGUUUUUGGAGCGGGAAAGAUUGGCGAAGGAGAGAAUCAAGCUGGGGAGGAUGAGUGCCGAGAGCUUAGAGUAG